AUGUCCAGGGAGGUGCUGAUGCACGGCCGCAAAACCGCAGACAAGAAGACACUCGUGCUGAUAGCACUGACUUCAGGGUUUAUAGGCAGUUUCUCGAGCUUUUCCACCCUGGUAGCCGAGAUCCUCGCCCAGACUUUGGAUAUUCUGAACCAAGGGGCCCAGCUGCCCAAUCACGCAUACGGCGUGAUGGAGUUUUUCUCUGUGGUUCUCACCCAGACGGACGUGUCCAUGGUUGGAUACCACCUGGGAUCGGCCCUGGCUGCGACCCUCACGACACCGGGCUUGGGAUAUCGGCAGAAAAGGGCUGGUCCUGCCAGAUUUGUGCGCAGCCUCGAGUGCUUCAGCCGCUUUCAUCUGGCCAAGCUCAACGCGCGGUCCUGGUUCCCCGUGGGAACGUUCACCACGAACCUGAGCGCGUGCAUUCUUCUGGCCGUGAUCAACGUCCUCACGCACGGUGCCACGCGUGUGGGGCCCCCCGUCGUCAACAGCCAGCUCCCGCUGGACGUGUUGCAGGGCCUGGGCAGCGGCUUUUGCGGCUCAUACAGCACGCUCGGCACGUCCAUCAACGAGAUCGUGGCUCUGAAAAGCGAGGCGCGUCGCGCUGCGUACUACUACGCCAGCCUCGUAAGCACGUUUCUUGCUAUGCUGCUCAUCAUGGGAUGCUACAGCUGGACAAACGGACUCGGUGCGCAUUGA